CCAACAGCCAUACCUCAAAGCCUCGAAGCAUUGUUUUCGUCCUUUUCCUUUUGAAAAAAGAAAAAAUUUCCUCGGAGUAAACUUAAAAAAGAAGAGACCAAAAAGAAGAGCCCGCAGAGAGAGGUCUGCUUGGGGGAGCUUUCUAUCACUGCUCCAACGGACUUCUUCUUCUUCUGUGGUGCUCUCUCUCUCUUUAUUCCUAGCCAGAUCCAGGCAAUCUGAUAAGAACUGAGAUGAAUCCUCGGCUGUGCGUUUAAGAUUAUGAUGUUUUGGGGCACACUGUUCCAUUUUAAGGUCAUGCUGUCACGAAUUCUGGUGUUGUGUUCUUCACAGUGAGUGUUGCUGUCAAAGUUCAACAACUAGCCUUGAAAGUCUUAUGUUUUAGGAGUCUUGACCUCACGUAUGGAUUUGGUGACGACGAGUUAUGUGAACAGAAAAAUAUAUAAAUCAAAAUUUUGACCUAAAAUUCGACUUCCUUGAUUCUUUGGGAGCUUAAGUUAUUACUGCUGCCAAGAACAUAGGGUCAUAAACGGAGAUUCUGAAUCAUUUUUGGAUUGGUUAAAGGGCUAGAAAGUGUUAUGGCUGUUGCCAAGAGCAACAGCAUCAGUGAAACGUCAAAGCAACCGUGCAAUUGCUUCAAAGUUGCAAGCUUGAGUGAAACAAUUUUGGAGACUGAACAGACUGCAAAUUUGAAAGAUCGAUACAUUCUUGGAGAACAAUUGGGUUGGGGUCAAUUUGGUGUUAUCAGGUUGUGCUCAGAUAAGUUGACUAGAGAGGUACUGGCAUGCAAAUCGAUAUCUAAAGAUAGAUUGGUAACAUCUGAUGAUGCAAGGAGUGUCAAGCUUGAAAUUGAAAUUAUGACUAGGUUAUCAGGACAUCCAAAUGUUGUAGAUCUGAAGGCUGUUUAUGAGGAUGAGGACUAUGUUCAUUUGGUGAUGGAGCUUUGUGCAGGAGGGGAGCUUUUCCACCGGUUAGAGAAGUAUGGGCGUUUUUCUGAGGCAGAGGCUAGAGUUCUCUUCAGGCAUCUGAUGCAAGUAGUCCUAUAUUGUCAUGAAAUUGGGGUUGUUCAUAGAGAUUUAAAGCCAGAGAAUAUCCUCUUAGCAACAAAAGCCUCAUCAUCGCCAAUCAAACUAGCAGAUUUUGGUCUUGCAACGUACAUUGAGCCUGGGCAGUGUUUGCAUGGGACUGUUGGGAGUCCAUUUUAUAUAGCUCCUGAGGUUUUGGUGGGGGGAUAUAAUCAGGCUGCUGAUGUUUGGAGUGCUGGGGUGAUUCUGUACAUACUCCUUAGUGGGACACCACCAUUUUGGGGUAAGACUAAGUCACGAAUAUUUGAUGCUGUGAGGGCAGCUGAUCUGCAGUUCCCAUCAGAUCCUUGGGAUCGCAUUUCUGAUUCUGCAAAGAAUUUAGUCAGGGGAAUGCUCAAUACAGAUCCUUUUCAAAGACUCACUGCUUUGCAUGUUUUAGAUCAUUUAUGGAUGAAGAAUGAUGAAUCUUGUCAUGAAGAAUCAAGUGAGCUUAUAUACCAAAGUUGUGGAGAGUGGGAAAUAGGUAGUGGCACAUUCUCUUUGUCUAGGGAUCAGGAUAUCAGCUUUGGUGCUGGAUCACCAACCAUAUGUGGUGUUCAGUCACCUGCACUCACAUGCAGAACAUCAUUUUCUUCUUUCUUGGUGGAGCCAUCUACACCUUGCUUCCCCUUGGGUGGAUUUUCAUUCUGCAGUGGUAAUUCUGAUACCUUAGAACUUUCUUCUCCUGUUCCCUCAAUGCCAAGCUUUGCUUUCUUCAGUCCAUGUUCUGUGGUUGAACAAGAGAACUGCAAAUUAGAUUUCUCAACCACCGUUACCAGAAUGGAGACAACUUAUGGAGAUGCAGGUUUAGACAAGGUGCUUGUGUUGCCAGAUUCUUCUCCUUGCUGUGGGCCUGAGGCAAGAGAAAUGGAGAACAAGGCAGCUGAAUUUAGGAGGACAGGGGGAUCGAGUGGGUCCAGGAUGUUGGCCUUUCACAGCAAAAGGAACCGCACCAUUGGUCAUGGUGAGCGAGAACAACUUGAUUUCAUGGUGUCUGAAUCAGUUAUCCGAUGGGCAUCAUGCACAAAUCUCCCAACUGCCACAUCCCUGAGGUCGUCUCUUGUGUGUUGAGCUGUUGCUAUGAGUCAGGAUAGCUCUGAUGAGAAUUAACAUUUGCAGAAAUUGCAUUUCCAUGUAAAAGAUUUUAUAGCUAAUCUUGUAUUAGGUAGUGUUUUGUGCCCAUGUUGCUGAUUCCCGGUGCUUAGCACCAGCUUCAAACGACUGCUGUUGAGUGCUGCUUCUAGCUUUUUCACUGGUUGAUACUAGUUAGGAAGAGAGUAACAAGUUGUGGCUGCUGGGGCUUUGCUUGGUGUAUAAAGGAUAGUAUGAAGUUUUCCAGGUUUCAUAUGUUGGCAUUGUAUAAAUAACAGCAACUGAAAUUUUAUGUAUCUUUUCCUUUGUUAUGUUGUGGCAAAAAAAUUUAGGCAAACGGUGCCAUCA